AGAAAAAUGGAUAAGUUAUUUUGGGAGAGAUCACUAGUGACGGUUGUGUUGGUUUUGUUUGCCACGAUCCGAUUUCCGAAAGUUGUAGCUGUUAACGGAAAAAUUCCGGCAUUGUUUGCAUUUGGAGACUCAAUCCUCGAUACCGGAAAUAAUAACAAUAUUCUAUCAUCAACUAAGUGCAAUUAUCCUCCCUAUGGAAGGGAUUUUCCCGGAGCAGUACCUACAGGAAGAUGCUGUAAUGGAAAAACUCCCACAGAUUUGAUAGCAAUGGCUCUGGGAAUCAAAGAUUCGGUACCAGCAUAUCUUAGCGGUAACUUGAGUCCUCAAGACCUCGCCACCGGUGUAUGCUUCGCUUCAGCUGGGUCAGGAAUCGACGAUCAAACUGCUCGCUUACUGGCAACUAUAUCACAACCAGCCCAACUGCAAAUGUUCCGAGAAUACAUAGGAAAGCUGACAGCAGCUGUUGGACAACAACAAGCGACCCAAAUCAUAUCCGACGGCGUAUUCCUCGUUUCCGCAGGCAACAAUGACAUUGCCAUUACCUUUACCUCAUUAGCCCUAGCAGUGCCUUUUCCUAUAUAUUCCGCUGGUUUAGUUUCCACCGCUUCAAAUUUCUUCAAGAGUAUAUAUGCACUUGGAGCACGGAAAGUUUGGGUACUAAGCACAUUGCCACUAGGAUGCUUGCCUGGAGGUAGAUUAGUAGCGGGAGGACCAUUAAGGGCUUGUGCAGUAUUUGAGAAUAUGUUAGCGCAGUCAUUCAAUGGUCAAUUAUCAACAGCGGUUAAUUCAAUCAGAGCCAGCUAUUCCGAUUAUGACAUUAGGUUCAUCGAUGUCUAUACUCCCCUCUAUAAUAUCAUACAAAAUCCUCAGGCAUCAGGGUUUGAGGACGUGGCGGACGCGUGUUGCGGGACUGGGCCAUUCAAGACGGCAGGGUUAUGUAACCUUUUGGUUGUGUGUCCAAAUCCUUCAACCUACGUUUUCUGGGAUUUUGCCCAUCCAACUGAGAGAGCUUAUCGGCUUGUUGUCGAUUCUAUACUACAGUCAAACUCAAUGAAUAUUAAUGCCUCUACUCUCUCAAACUAAUGAGUACAAUGUUUCUAUACUAGUAGUAGCAGAGUUAGAGCUCUUUGCAUCAUUUGUUAAAAGGAAAAUUGAGGGAGAAAGUGAGAAAGAAGUUUAAGAUGGAAUAUAUCCUUUAGUAGUUUGGGAAAAGAAGAAAAGUGAGGUAAAAGAGAAAGAAAUUGGUAGGAGCCAUGUCUUAUAAAAUCGAAGACAUUUGAAAAAUAAAGUAUGAAAAAGUGUGGAACUCAUUAAAUUAAGUGGAAAUGAUAAUUUUAUCCUUUUGAC